AUGGCUGAUUGGUCGGUACUCAUGCCCCCAGGCCAGGUCACGGGUCUCUUCUACAUACCGUUCGGCAACCUUCCAUGGCAACCAAAAUGGUGGAAGACGAAGGACUUUUUUCGUAGGGCUGGUAUUUCUGUUGCCAUCGGACAUGUUGAGGUCAAAGAAAGCACCACAAACGGCUGGAUCAGCGUCAGCGGUCAGGAGGCUUUUGAAAGGAUCAUAACUGCUGAGCCCGAAUCUAUUCUCAUUGGUCACAGCCAAGAGUGGAAAGACUAUUUGAUGCGAUGUCUCAAGUACAAAGGCCAAGCGCAGAGCUUGCCCGCACCUCCACACGUACAUCCACACUCACUUGAGCGAGUCCAGUACAUACACCACUCGGCGCGUCCUCUCAUGACUCAAGCAACAGCUCUGCAAGACGUUGCACAACCUCAAUGGCCACCAAUGUGGGAAAUGCGACCGUACGCUCCCAGACAGCCUGUGCAGCCAGCGUCCGCCUGGAAAGAGCCGCCUCCAGGUCCUCAUUUCUUCCAUGGGGGCAGUCAACACUCCACCACCGCUUGGACUCAUCACCGCAAGAUGAUUGGGGCAAAUUCCCCUUCCCACCAACCACAACCAUGGGAUCAUCAUCAUGAUGUGAGAUAUCAAGCAGAUCCGAACCAGCCGCUGGACUUUGGACAGCCGGUCCAUCGUGAACAGUUUCAAAUGGUUCACUCGCCUUUGCCACCGCGGAGCGAAGCCUCGAUCGGUGUCCGGGACCAGGCAUACUCGAGUGUCCCUUUCGCGGCCAGCAUCAUUGCGUAUCCUCCCUUCCGAGGGAGAGGCAAAGCACCAAGGGCUGCUGAGGCACGUCCAUGUGUCAGAAAGGUUCCACGCAAGCCGCAAGCAGAGCAUGCUUCCAAAUCUCAGAUUGUCAUUGCCCACGGGACGUCCAAGACACCAGCCAACGCAGACUCUCGCGUCUCCCACGGUCCCUAG